AUGGUGGAAAGGUCUAGGAAGUCUGUACAUGACAAUGUUGAAGCCGGUGAUGAGGGAGUGUCGGUGAAGAAUUUUAAGGGGAUGGACAGGGCUGUUCGUCACUUUAAUGCUGGCGACAUACAGGACAUGAAAAUAUCACGGAUUGGAGAUGAAGUAGUUUAUGUCAUGGCUUCGUGUUUAGCCUCCAUGAAAAAGGACAAAUAUAUUGUAUAUUUGUGUAUGACAACCAAUGAAAGAUGCUCUGUAUAUUUAGCCCAGCCAUGUCGCCAUAUUGGUGGAGUUUUAUUUGCAUUAAAUGGCAAAUACAGGCUUAAAGCACUUGCUGGAGACUCAGCUGAAAGCUGCACAGCAAAGUUGUGCAACUGGAUUGUGCCUAGGAGUGCUCAACAGAUCCCAAAGCCUGUUAGUGCAUUAUGUUUUAACAAACCAAAGCUUGUUGAAGAUCCAAAAGUCCGAUCAGUAGACUAUGAUCCUCGCCAUCCAAAGGACAGAGUAUAUGACAUUUCUGAUACCCUGGCUGAGCUGAAGGAAUUGAAGAAAAUCUUCCCGAACACAGGAAUGAGUCACUUAUGGAAUAUUCCAGAUGAAGUACCAGAUCUUGCACAUGAAGAAGUUGUUGAGACAGAAGUUGACCAAAUGUACAACAGAUACAAAUUUCCUGUUCUCUCUAUAGAUGAGGAGUUAGUGACUUAUAGAGAGGAGUCAACAUUAGGUCAAAGAAAGUCAGCAAUGUGGCUUAAUCUUCACAAAGGCAGACUAACUAGCUCUUUGUUUGGACAGGUUCUGACAGCUGGUAGCAAUCCUAACAAUUUGAUUAAGCAAAUCAUUGAAGGAUCUUCCCUUGACAGGUACACAUCUUUGCCAGUUGCUGUACAUUGGGGUGUAGAUCACGAGAAAGACGCCAUUACUGAUUACCUGAUGAUGAAAGAGGCUACUGCAUCUGAAUUUAAUGUGAAGGAAACAGGUCUUACACUUUACAGCAGCCACACAUUUUUCGGUGCACCUAGUGAUUGGCGUGUUUCAGAUGAUGGGGAAGAAGGAAUACUGGAGUUGAAAUGUCCCUUUUCCUUGAAAAAAAAGCUGGUAAAUGAAAUGGAAAUUCAAGCCAUUUUGGAUCUCCAGGAGCCCUCUUUUUGUUUAGGAGAGACCGACUCUGGACCAGCUCUUAAGAGAGACCAUAUGUAUUAUGCUCAGGUGCAAGGGGAAAUGGCUGUUAUGGGUUUACCAUGGUGUGACUUUGUUGUGUGGACUGGGGCAAAAAUGAAUAACAUAUGUAUUGAGCGAAUUAUGUUUGAUGCUAUCUUUGUCACUAACAUGAUGCCCAAACUUGUGAAAUUAUGUUGAUCAUGUAUUACCAAUGUUACUCUCUAGGGACAGCACUUCAUAGAAUUUUAAAUUUAAUAUUAAUUAGGGCCCGCAUCGAGAGAUGCGGAGUCCUAUAGUUAUCACUUUGUCCAUCUGUCUGUUCGUCAACAACGUAGAUGUGCAAUAUUAUAUUUUGGUGAAGUUCGGCUGAAUAAUGUU